AUGGCCGAGCAAGCUGUUAGGAGAGCUGGACCCGGACCUGCCGGAAGGCUGUACGUGAAGGCAGUCUUCACGGGAUUCAAGCGUGGACUUCGUACACAGUCUGAGCACACCGCCCUGCUCAAGCUUGAUGGAGUGUUCAACAAGGACGACGCCAAGUUCUACAUUGGAAAGCGCGCUGUCUACCUUUACAAGGCCCACAACAAGACAACCAAGCCUGGCCACAGUGUUCCAACUAGAACGAGAGCAAUCUGGGGUAAGAUUACGCGAGUCCAUGGAAACAGUGGAACCGUUCGCGCAAAGUUCCAUCACAAUCUCCCCCCGAAUGCUAUGGGCAACAGAAUCCGUGUGAUGCUGUACCCAUCGAACAUCUAA